AGCAAUGGGUGCGCCAUUGGCAGAGCUGUUGCAAAAGAAGAACAAACCCAACAAGAACCCAAAAAAAAGGAGAGAGAGAGAGAGAGAGAGGAAGAAGCAAAGCACGGGCACCGGUGGAAGCGAAGCGAAAGUGAAAGCAUAGAGAGAAGAGAAGAGCCAUGCCCCAUCUCGCCGCCUCCCCCACCUCCGCCGCCGCCGCCGCCCCUGCCUCCGCCCGCGUUGCCUUCCUGCGCCCUGGCCGCGUCCCCCGCCCGCCGCUGCAGACAGCGCGUGGCCUUCGCCCGGACUUGGGCACCCUGCGCACGGCGGAGCAGCCCACGUUGUACGACCUACUCGGGAUCUCCUCGGAGGGCACCCUCGACGAGGUCCGCGCGGCCUACAGGCGGAUGGCGCGCAAGUACCAUCCGGACGUCUCGCCGCCCGACGCCGCCGCCGAGAACACCCGCCGCUUCAUCGAGGUGCAGGAGGCCUACGAGACGCUCUCCGACCCCAGCCGCCGGGCCACCUACGACCGCGCCCUCGCGCGCGGCGUCUGCCGGCUUGCCUUCUCCUCCUCCCGCCGCGUCGCCCCCUACUACUACCAGGAUCAGGAAGACAAGUCUGGCUGGAGGAGAACUUGGGGAGACCAAAUUGAGGAGCUGAAGAGGAGGAGCAUGACGAAGGAUUCAGAGGAGAACCUCUCCUGGGGAGCUCGGAUGCGAAGAAGAACCGAAACAUCAUCCUCUGAGUAACUGUGAUCGUAAUGCUUCCAAAGUGUAACCCUAGUGGUAUAUCUUUUGCAUCAGCUAAAUUAUCAUAAGCUGUUAACAAGUGCAAGGUUAGAAGGGUGUGCUGUGCUGGUAUUAAGCUGUGCAUUUUGUAUUUACUCCUACAAAAGAUGAUGCGGCAACCCUAUGCACAAGGAAUGCUAAGCACUCCUCUACUAUAGAUAUUAGUGGCCAUUCUAGUGGUGGCAUAGUUAGAAGCCCGUAUGGGGGUAUUUGUGUCAGUAUACUGUAUACCCAACCCAAGCUAUGAAUGAACGAUGAAGUGACCAAGUAUGAUGUGUAUAUUUGCGUAGGAGGCUCUGCGUUUCCUUGUGUGCUCUAGUGUAAAUAUGGGAUAUGAUAUCAUAUGAGCAACUUGUCAAAAUAAGCAAAGCUAAGGUGUAUCUUCAAUUUUGA